GUUCGAGGUUGGCUAGUUGGCGUGACGAAAUCACAACAGCUCCGCUUCGAUUACUUCGCUCAUGCCCCUCGAGCACGAACAAAAUGGCGUCUAAGGUGGCGAGUUGUAUGUUCAGAGGUCGUACGUUUUGGAGCAAGCUAUGUCGACCACAGAUUUCUUUGUAUUCAGUCAACAGAUCACAAAGUACAUUGUCAGCAUAUGAAGAGUCAUUAUAUAAUGUACCUGAAACAGUAGUCAGUGCCUUACCUAGUGGACUUCGAAUUGCAUCAGAAGAUUCUGGUAUUGAUACUUGUACGGUUGGUGUUUGGAUUGAUGCUGGAAGUCGUUUUGAAAAUGAAAGUAACAAUGGAGUCGCACAUUUUUUGGAGCACAUGGCAUUUAAGGGAACAAAAAAUAGGUCACAAUUGCAGUUAGAGCUUGAAGUGGAAAAUAUGGGAGCACACUUAAAUGCUUAUACAUCACGUGAACAAACUGUUUACUAUGCUAAAUGCUUCAAGAAGGACUUACCAAAAGCUGUAAAUAUUCUUGCUGAUAUCAUACAGCACCCUGUACUGGAUGAAGGUGCAAUCGAAAGAGAAAGGGGUGUUAUUUUGCGUGAAAUGCAGGAAGUUGACACCCAAUUAGAAGAAGUAGUUUUCGAUCACUUGCAUGCUACUGCAUAUCAAGGAACACCAUUAGGAAUGACUAUUCUUGGACCAUCAAAGAAUGUCAAAUCAAUCACGAAAGCUGAUCUACAAAAUUACAUCGACACACAUUACAGCGCACCACGUAUUGUGUUGGCAGCAGCUGGUGGUAUUGACCAUCAACAACUUGUUAAAUUAGCAGAAGAAAAUUUUGGUGGAUUGAAAACCACCUACAAUGAAGAAGAAAAACUAAAACCAUGUCGAUUUACUGGCUCAGAAGUACGUGUUCGUGACGAUGAUAUGCCCCUUGCACACAUAGCGUUAACGGUGGAGGGUUGUGGGUGGUCAAGUCCUGAUUACUUUACUUUAAUGGUAGCCAACAUGAUAUUUGGCAGUUGGGACAGAUCUCUCGGUGGUGCAAAAAAUGUUGCAGGUCCACUUGCAGCUGAUGUUCACAAAAAUAAUUUGGCUCACAGUUACAUGUCUUUUAAUACCUGUUACACGGAUACUGGUUUGUGGGGCGCUUACAUGGUGUGUGAUCGCAUGAAAAUUGAUGACAUGGUGUAUGUUGCACAAAGAGAAUGGAUGAGGUUAUGUACUAGUGUAACGGAAGCCGAAGUAAAUCGAGCAAAGAACAUAUUGAAGACGAACAUUUUGUUGCAAUUUGAUGGUUCUACUCCGAUUUGCGAAGAUAUAGGAAGACAAAUGCUGACUUAUGGCCGCCGAAUUCCGUUGCCAGAACUUAACCAGAGAAUCGAUAUGAUUGACGCCAAAACUGUUAAAGAUGUUUGCACGAAAUAUAUUUACGACAAGUGUCCUGCAGUAGCUGCAGUUGGUCCUGUCGAGCAACUUCCCGAUUACAAUCGUGUAAGAGGAGCGAUGUAUUGGUUACGUUUAUAAGCGGAAAGUUAUUGAAACAAGCAUUGUAGAAAUUAUGACGAGUUUUUCAAUCUUAAGAAAUUAUUUUGUGAAUAUUAA